CCCGCCCCGCCGGUGCCUGCUGCUGCCUCUCCCGGUGGCGGACGGUCCCCCCAUGGCGGCACCGAGGCGGUGACUGAUGGUUUGUGGGUGAUACGUGUGCAAGUGCCUCAAGUUUCUCCACAAGAUGUGUUCCACAAAUCCAGCAAAUUGGGUCACCUUUGAUGAUGAGCCGCUCUUCCAGUCACCUCAGAAAUCAGUUGAUAAUCAGAGUAGUUGUAAAGCAAAUGGCCUUAAACUCAAUCUGUCUAGUGUGCAUGAGUCUUCAAGUAGGUCAUCUUCUACAGGCAGCACUCCACUCUCGUCUCCUGUAGUUGACUUCUACCUAAGUCCUGGCCCCCCCAGCAACUCUCCACUUACUACACCUACCAGAGACUACCCAGGAAGUCCAUGCAUCCCAAAGCCUGGGAUUCACAUCCUUUAUCCCAUCCCUGAAUGGCCAUCAAACGCUAGCCUUCUUCCAUCACCCGGGACUUGCUCAUCCCUAACCUCGCAGAAACGGAGCAGCCUUCCUUUGAACACCUUGCCUAAUGACCAUCCCGUUAAGACUUCGGUCUCCAAAUCAACAGAGGAAGGAAGCCCUAAUCCGCCAGGAAGCUGCGAGGAGUUAGGAGAGGCGUCAUCAGCACCGGGGCGCUUCCCGUACUUCCAGAGCGACUGUGCUUUUUCCAGUCCUUUUUGGAAGGAAGGAUUCUCCCUCAGCACAUCGCCAGCUAAUGUUAGCACACACAGAAAGGACAAAGUGCUCGACAGGACCGUCUGUCAUCCUAAAGAGAAAGAAACUUGCCACGAUCAGAAAAGCCUUAACCAGGGCUCCUUCAGCUACAUCUGCGAGCGGCUUGAACACCUGCAAGCUGAUAGCUCUGACGCUGCGGGAAGCCCACCCGUCUCCAGCGCUCACGCGUGGCACAAGCUCUCCCCCGCUGUCCCACGCAGCCUCUUCAGGAGCCGGAAAGUGGAUGGGUGGCCGUUCAUGCUGAGGAUUCCUGAAAAGAAGAACAUGAUGUCGUCUCGGCAAUGGGGCCCUAUUUACCUUAGCGUCCUAGCCGGAGGUGUAUUGCAGAUGUAUUAUGAAAAAGGCCUGGAGAAACCUUUCAAGGAAUUCCAGCUGCAGCCACACUGUAAGCUGUCCGAACCCAAAUUAGAGAGCUAUAAUGUCUCAGGAAAAAUCCAUACUGUGAAGAUUGAGUGCGUGUCUUACACAGAGAAAAGGAGGUAUCAUCCCAAAGUAGAAGUGAUCCAUGAGCCGGAGGUUGAGCAGAUGUUGAAGCUGGGCACCACAGAUUAUAACGACUUCACCGAUUUCCUCGUAACGGUCGAGGAAGAGCUUAUGAAACUUCCCACUGUUUCUAGACAAAAGAGGAAUUAUGAAGAGCAAGAAAUGACUCUGGAAAUAGUGGAUAACUUUUGGGGGAAAGUCACUAAGGCAGAAGGAAAACUCGUAGAAAGUGCCGUCAUCACGCACAUUUACUGCUUGUGUUUUGUGAACGGAAGCGCUGACUGCUUUCUCACCCUGAAUGACAUGGAGCUCCAGAAGAGAGACGAGCGUUACUUCGAGAAGGAGGAGGAGAAGAAAUGGAUUGAUAUUCUUGAUUGCCAUUUCCAUAACUGCGUCAAAGCGCAGGAAUUCGAGCAAUCGCGAAUUAUUAAGUUUACGCCCCCCGAUGCCUGUAGGCUGGAACUGAUGCGUUUCACGACACGGUAUAAUGGGCAAGACCUUCCCUUUUCUGUGAAGGCUGCGGUAGUGGUUCAGGGGGCAUACGUUGAACUUCAGGCUUUUAUAAACAUGUCUUCAACUGCUCUGAUCCCAACGCGUUUACCCUAUGUGAAAUACUGUGAAAACGUUAUGAUACACUUUCCUGUUCCCACGCAGUGGGUCAAAGCACUUUGGACCAUGAACCUCCAAAGGCAGAAGUCCCUAAAAGCAAAAAUGAAUAGGAGAGCAUGCCUUGGCGCUUUACACGAGGUUGAAUCUGAUCCCGUGAUACAAGUCUCGGUUGGAACAGCAAAAUAUGAGAGUGCCUACCGGGCUGUUGUGUGGAAGAUAGACAGGCUUCCAGAUAAAAACUCAAGUUCAGAUCAUCCACACAGCCUGUCUUACAAACUGGAACUCGGAUCAGACCAGGAAAUACCUUUUGACUGGUAUCCAUUUGCUACUGUCCAGUUCGUUGUCCAUGACACCUGUGCCUCAGGAACAGAAGUCAAGUCACUGGGCAUAGAGAGCGAUCUGCAACCCCAGAAACACGUAGUCCAGAAAGCUUUUUACAAUUGCCAGGUUGAAAUUGAAAAGAAGUGGAUUAGGCUUGAUGGAGAAGAUCCAGAUAAGGCUGGCAACUGCCUAAUGCAGUAAAAGAGGACAGGAGGCACCGUCAUAGGUGCUCUUGGGUUUGAUUCCGCAAAUCAGUACUCGUUUGACUGGCCUGCGUUCAAGAAAACUUCCUGUCAUGGGAAUACUGGUAUGAGUAAGGUCUCCUUGUAAAGAGUUGCAGGAUGUGAGCACUUAAUUGACUGAUUGUAAUAUAUUAUUUUCCUGUUGUGUAUCUAUAACUUGGGAAUGAUCUCAUACUCCAUAUUGAAACCUAAUGGUUCUACUCAAAGAGUUCAUGUCACUUGGACAUAUAAUAUUCAGCAAUAAAAACUGCCAGAGUGCUUAUGUGCAGACCAGCAUCUUUGUAAGAUCCAGCAGGACCUUUUUUUAAUGGUGUUUGAAAAGUGAAGUCCCUCAUGUUUCUGCUCCCCUUGAUAUAUGUGAACAGAACAAGUCGUAAUAUUAUUCUUGACAAGAGCCUCAAUUAAUGAGGUGGAAACUGGGUGAUUUCAUUGGUAAAAUGGGAAAAGUUCCUCUGCAAUAAUAUUCUUCAUUUUUCUGUGGCUGCGAGUGUUUCCCCCCCAGCACUUUAUAGGUUCACUCAAAGUAAUCUCUUGGGCAAAAAAACCAUAUGGCAGAUGUGAUUGAAAUUUCUGUGCCAGCAUUAGACAAAUCUUUUUCACUACUGCAGCAAGUGAGACAAGGGGUGGAUCCUCAGCAAGCAUAAAUCAGUCCAGGCCCAUUUCAUUUGAUGAAGCUGUGAGAAUUUACACCAGUGGAGGAUUUUCCCCACAAACUGAAGAAAGGGCUGGUUGCUGCUAUUUGCUCUGGGUCUCCUUUAGGAUGCAAAUUCCAGAUGUUGGUUUGGAAACUGCAGGAGCUGUUGCUUUGAGUAACUUUUAAGACAGUCUUUCCAUGCAUGGGAAGGGAGAUGGUUUCAUGCUACUGACUCUAAAGGCGUUUUCUGUGGGGAAACAAUGCAGGAAUGGACAAUCGCAAGGGAAGUGAAGCUGUGACGCUUCAGCAGGCAGCUUGAGCUAUUAAUCCUGUAUCAAUGUGUUAAGUGUAUUUUAAACAAACUAUUGGCAUUUAGGGAAAGGUUUUAAUGCUUCCCCUCAGCCAUUAUCCCCUUUGUCAUUUUCUGUGGGCUGUAAUUCCAGGUCUGAAAAAAUCUGAGAAAUUAAAAAAAUGGUCCUGAUGAUACUUUUUUUUUCCCCCCUGCAGUUUUCCUAAAGUUAUCCUCACUUCAAAUUGAAAUUAGUGGAGAACAAAAAUAUAGUAAUGCACUAAGUCUCACUUUAUAUUUUGUCACAGCUUGUAACUGUUUAUAUGAACACUGUGUAAAAAUACAGAUAAAUGUUAUUCCCCAAAAGUAGAAAUAUGUGGGAUAUGCACUGAGAAAACUACCAGUCUGAGCAAACAGAAGGCCAUAAUAUGAACCUAGUUCAUCACAAUAAACUUUUCCCCCCAUUUAGAAGCUGAGAAUGAAAUGGGUAAUAGAUUCCAUAGUAAGUCCUGAGGGCAGGUUCUUUAUGGGUAUUGCAUUGCCAAAGCCCCAAAUAGACUAUUAUGGUAUUUUGGCUUCUCUAGAUAUCCCUUUUUAUUAGCAGAUUAUAUUAUUGUAAAUCUAAGCAAGCAUUUGAAUGUAGUAGUGAUCCAAAUACGUCUCAGCUGUUGCAUCCUCCAUCAGUGUUUUGACUUGAGAAGCCAUUAGGACCCUCAAGUUGUUUGGUUUGUUUUGUUCGUAUUUAAUUUUGGUUUAUAUACUUCUCAGCUGAACUAAGGGGCACAGCAUGCGCUAGGGCAAAGUGUUUACACUUAGCAUCACAGCAGAGCUCUACAGCUUGCUGAAGUCCAUGGUUAUACUAGAGCUACAAUAUCUAUUAACCUCUUUGCUUGGUAAAGCAGAGGAAGCAAAAUAUGUGUUGCAGAUACCUGCACUAACCUUUGUCUGAGGCUGACUUGUUUUGAUUGGCAUUAAUACAGCUAAUUCAGUAAAUCUGUUAGCAGUGGUUAUUGUCCAAAGCCUGCCUUGCCCAGCUGGCCCCUAUUUUUCUGUUUUUAAGAACGAGGGACAGCCAGGCUGUUCUGGAACUCUUUCACCGCAGGAUCCCCAUUUGCAACACUCAUCUCCUGACCAUUCGGUACCUGGUGGUGGUAUGGGUCCUGCAGAAGCAACGGCUGCUUUUCUUCUGUCAGGUGUCUGCUGUAUCUCAGGAUGUAUUUAAGAAGCCCAUGUAGUGUUGACCCCUCAAGAUAUGAGCUAUUGUCUUGAAUGGCCUAAGUGAUGAACAGCCACAUUACAAGUCAUCUUUCCAGCUAGUGUGUCUGUAUUAUAUCUGGUAUGGUGCAAAUGAUCAUUCAGCCUUACUGAACUCAUUAACAUAAAAGGGUCAAGCUACAGCUUUACCUAUAUUGCAGACUCUUGGAUUUCCAUCCGAGGCCUGCAAGACUUGCCAUUAACUUUAAUCGGAAUUGGAUCAGGAUCACAGGGAAUUAAUUCCACGGAAAUAUUGCCACACUGAAAGAAAGUUACUCUGUUUAAUGCAUGGCUUUCAGUUUAAACCUGACAAUUAGUGCAGCCUAAGGCUGAAUAAUUACCCUGUACAGUCUCAAACUGAUGUUUGUAUGCCUUGCUGUCAGAAUAUUUAAAAACAGGCUAUAGUUUAGUGAAAGAAAGUUUGGGUUGUCUAACUUUUUUUCCCCCCAUCAGAUUCUAACCUCCUAUUCUAUUACAACAUGCCAAAGCAGAAGCACUCUGGCUUCCCCUUUCUUCUGCAUUGUCUGAUGUCCUUGAGUAUAACCUACUGAACAAAUAUUCUCAAUAUUUAAGACCCUUUGCUAACAUUUUCUACGAGCGCUACAGCAGGUGACAGUGAGUAAACAUACUGGCUUUGAUUCUUCAGAAAUCUGGGCUAUAAGUAGUCUAACUGUAAUUUUGGGAGGGGAAUGGAGAUGAGGAGCAGUUGCUCUAAGCUGUUGUGAUGCUCAGUGUCCAGCUAGCGGAAGGACUGGAGCUUUAAAUAACCCAUGAGGUGCAUUGGCAUCGUGCGAGGAACCAGGUUUCACAUGUAUCUGAUCUCUGCUUCCCACAGCUAGUGCCUGCAGUCACUGAAAUGCUUCCAACUGUUUGGGUCACUUAAGAUGCUGACACUUCGUUGACAUUUACUACAGGGCAGUAUUUAGAUAGUAUCUGUGUUUCCUUCACAAAGGACCAGCAGGGUUUGGCAUAUUUUAUAAUUUAAACCAAAAUCAAUGAGAACAGCUAUUUUUAUAGUGUGUUUGCCUUAUUUACAAAGUGUUGUAUUUGCUGAAACCGACAAACUUUAUCUUUGCAUUCAUCUUUCUCAUACUAAUUGUAUUACUGUAGGUAAAUGGUACUUGAUGUGAUUUUGGAUUCAAACACCCAUUGAACUCAAUGGAAGUCUUUUAACUGACAAAAUGGGAUCUGCAUCAAAGUCUCUAAGAAUAAACGAGAGGCAAAAAAAAAAAAAAGGAAUAGUGGUAAUGGGCAGAAAAAAACCACUAUAGAAGAUUCUUGAUGCUAGUAAGUAAGCAACCUGCAAUGCUUGCUUAUUCCAACCAGAAAAGAGCACAAAAGAGAGGAAAAGAGGUGUUAUUGGGUGUCAGAGCUGAAGCUUUGCAGCGAUUGGGAACGAUGCUCUGGCUGCCCCUGUGUAGCAGCUCUCGAGAAAUGAGGAUGAUGGUGCACUCCACUGAACAUGAUGCCAAGCCUCUGUCAUCCUUAUGCUCCUUGCUUUUUUUCCCCAGAUUCCGUAUUAAUUGUCCAAAAGUACUUUACAUCUGAAAACGUGUUUUCACGUGUUGCUUUUAGUUGCAUUUAUUUUACUUGAUGGACUUCUUAGCCGCAGUAUUGGUGUCCACACCUCUAUUUUACAUUUAUUUGUCUUUUUGUUGACUAAACACAGUGACUAACUGCUGCAGUUAGUAGUUCUUAGCUAUAAUUUUGAUAACUCUGAAGCAGUGCUGUUAUUUUUAAUGGAAAAUAUAAUUUUGUUUGGUUCUUUUGUCAGUAUAAGUAUAAACAGAUCAUGCUGAUAAUCUUGUAAUAACAUUUUGUAGAUUGCAUAUUGAUUAAAAAAAUAAAGUUGUAUUUCAAACUA